AGUCCGACACUCCGACAGGGGCACAAAAGUUAUAAAACUUUGACAGUUACAGUAAAAAUUAAAAGAAAAAGGCAACAAAAAGGUUUCAAAAACUUCUCAAGAUGUGUAAAAGUAAACUCUUAUGAAUCAUUUGCAAUUCUUGAUUGUAAAUUAACAGGAACAUUGAAUCAACACAGAGAAAAAAAUGUAUUCAUCACCAAGAACUCCAAAUUCGAGUUUAAGUGCCGAACUCAGGGAUGUUAUCAAUAAACGAAAUAUUUUAACAACAAGAACACGAAUGAAGGUUCUCAGUGCCCUCGACGAAAUGCAAAAUCAAACAAUAAAUCGAAAACGUGAGAGUCUCCGUUCACAGGCAAUACAAGAAAUUCUCACAUCAGAGGUAAAAUAUUUACGUAAUUUAGAAAUAAUAAUGGAAUAUUUCAUGCAUCCAAUUUAUCAAAGACAAUUACUGUCUUAUUCAUCAUAUACAACAUUAUUUGAAAAUAUUGAAACAUUAUACAACGUGAAUGCCGAAUUAUUAAAGGAAUUAAAGCAAGAUCCCGAGAAUGUUGCCUCGGCAUUUUGUAAAUUAGCACCAUUCUUCAAAUUAUACUCUGUUUACGCUUAUAAUUACAAAAGAGCAUUAGAAUUACUUCAGGAAAUACAGGAGACAGAUGUUAAGACUUCGGAAUUUAUUGCCAGUCAAGAAACAAGACCCGAAGUUGCAAAUAAAUUAUCAUCACUUUUAAUAACACCAAUUCAACGUGUACCACGUUAUAAACUACUUUUGAAAGAAGUUCUCCGACACACGGCACCAAAGGAGAAAAAUUACAACAUUCUUCAAGCAUCGUUGGCACAAAUUGAAAAUGUCGCAUCACAUAUUAAUUCCCUAGUCGAGGAAUACGAGGAUACGCAAAAAUUACUCGAAUUACAAAAACACAUCACCGGCUCGGUAAAUUUAGUAAAACCGGGAAGAAAGCUAAUAAGACAAGGACCAUUGAUGAAAGUAUCGAAAAAGGGGAAUUCAUCAUUUAAACGACAUUUUGUUCUUCUCAGCGAUACUUUAUUGUAUUGUAAAGGCGAUCCCGAAGCAACGCUAACAGUCUGUUGUCUCCUACCACUAAAUAAAUGUAAAGUCGAACGUGUAUUAAGUAAUGGACUAUUUCGCAUUGUCUGCAUGCAAGAGACAUUAUUUUUAUAUUCAGAAAAUGGUGACAGUGAAGCGUGGAUAAUAUCAUUGCAGGAAUCGGUUAAAAAAUAUCUCGAUUGUCGACAAACAUUAAGAAAGGACAGCAGUUCCCGUAUACCGUUACGUGAUAAAAAUCAAUUUCCCUCCGAGAAUAUAUUCACCAGACGUUAUAAACGUAAACGAACAGUGGAACAAAAUAGUGAAUUAAUUGAAUCGGAAAAGAGGAAAAUAAUCUAUUUGAAUCGUGAUGAAACCGAUGCUUCAUCAGAGGGACCAUUAAAUUGUCUUUUUCCCUGUAAGAAAUUAAAAACAACAACAACAAAUACAGACGAUAUGACAAUGAACGAGAAAAUAAAAAUUUGGAUGGAGGGUUUAAAAUCAAGACAAGUGAAUAAUAAGGAAUCAAAUGAGAAUGUGAGAAAAAAUUCACUUUCAACUGUUGAGGAAAAUCAAUCGUCAACUGGUUAUUCAAAUGAGGCAUUCAACAGUCAUAUGGAUGAAGAGGAUUCUUUAAUGAUUGAAACGUCAAAAACUUUUAGUGUCAAUAGUGAGGAAAAUUUAGAGACAAAAUUUUGUGCGAAAAAAUAUAAUAUUUAUUCCGGUAGUAGUUUAACGCGUCAACAACAACAACAACAGAGACGAAGACGUAUUUUAUCAUUUACGAAAAUCAGUAAUUUUUUAACUAACAUGGGAACAUCUUUACGAAAAUUUUUUCAACGUGCCUAAUCUAUUUUUAAUUUUCUUUUACAAUUUUAAACCAUUUUUUAUAAUAUUUAUAUUUUUUUCAAUUUC